AUGGGCUGAUGCAAAGCGUCCUAAAGCCCCGUCACUUCCCGGCUAGGAAGCCGGCAAGGCUUGAAGAGUAACGCCCGGGGGAGGGGGCGGGCGCUGAACCCACGCAUCCCCAGUCCGGCCGUGGUCCCCUGCAGUCUCGGGGCCGUCCCCCCUCCCAGGGGCCGGCACCAACAUGCCCUUUGACUUCAGGAGAUUUGACAUCUACCGGAAGGUACCAAAAGACCUUACUCAGCCAACAUACACUGGGGCGAUCAUCUCUGUCUGCUGUUGCCUCUUUAUUCUGUUCCUCUUCCUCUCGGAGCUCACUGGAUUCAUAGCCACUGAAGUAGUGAAUGAACUAUAUGUCGAUGAUCCAGAUAAAGACAGUGGAGGUAAAAUAGAUGUCAGUCUGAACAUCAGUUUACCGAAUUUACACUGUGAAUUGGUCGGACUAGACAUCCAGGAUGAGAUGGGGAGACAUGAAGUUGGACAUAUUGAUAACUCAAUGAAGAUUCCUCUAAAUGAUGGUGAAGGCUGCCGGUUCGAGGGCCAGUUCAGUAUCAACAAGGUCCCUGGCAACUUUCAUGUAUCAACACACAGUGCCACUGCACAGCCCCAGAAUCCAGACAUGACUCAUGUCAUCCACAAGCUGUCCUUUGGAGACACAUUGCAGGUUCAGAACAUUCAUGGAGCAUUCAACGCUCUGGGAGGAGCUGAUAAACUCACUUCUAACCCCCUUGCCUCCCAUGAUUACAUCUUGAAGAUCGUCCCCACAGUGUACGAAGAUAAGAGUGGAAAGCAACGGUACUCAUAUCAAUACACAGUAGCCAACAAGGAAUACGUUGCGUACAGUCACACUGGUCGCAUCAUCCCUGCUAUCUGGUUUCGUUACGACCUGAGUCCCAUCACGGUGAAGUACACAGAGAGGCGGCAGCCACUGUACAGGUUCAUCACCACGAUCUGUGCCAUCAUUGGAGGUACAUUCACAGUGGCUGGAAUCCUGGACUCCUGCAUUUUCACAGCCUCUGAGGCUUGGAAGAAGAUUCAACUUGGAAAGAUGCAGUAACCCCGUGACUCCAUCUCCCUUUGCCAGGGACAGCAAUGCAGGAUCCCAGACCCAUCAUUCUAAUGAAUAUAUUUCCUUUUUCCUUCUAUCAGAGUUAAUAUUCAAUUUUGUUGGUUGACAGAGUGGGUAGUUGUUACACCAAGAUUUCUCUUCCCACACUACACUCCCAUCUGGGGAGAAUUCCAGGUUACACAUUCUCUUCUUUUGUUUUGGAAAAGACCAUAAUGAGUAUUAUUAGGAAGAUGGUCCACUGCCAGUGCCAAGAGUCAUGGUGCUCCCUGCCCUGGGGAAGAGGUGGGGGGAGAUUGGGAGGGGUAGAAGUCAUUCCCUGAGAAGCAGUCAGAAGGACUGUUACGAUCUGGGUUCCAACAGCCCACAGAGUCUCAGAAGUGACAAGUUCUCAGUGUCUUAGCUUACUUCUCCUGGGUGACAAUCUGAAGGAAGUGAAGGUCAAGGAAGAAGAAAGGGAGCAUUUGGUUUUUUGCCCAGAGAUACCCUAUGGCUUAUGCUGUCAGACCUCUCCCUCUCCCCACCCCUAACAUCACACUUCAAGGAUGUGCACUUGGCUGAACUACAUUAAGGUACCAGUUGAACUUAUCCCAUCAUGUCCAGCUUGAGAUCCCCAUUUCUCUCUCUCAACCUUUUUAAAAAUGGGUUCCAGGUUGCCAGGAACCACAACCCUCAAGAGACUAAAGUCUGUUCACCCUUGGUGCAGCGUAGCCAACAGCUGCAAAAAUAAGUUUUCCUUCCAUUUUCCCUGUCACUCUUACCCUCCCACCAAUGUGCCUCAGUCCUAAGCAAAGGACAACACCUCUUAUUAGUUAAGGAAGCAGCCUAGCCUCUGAAUCCACCCUACGUUUCCACUGGCGCUUCGGCCCUUUGUGAUGACACAGUGGUGGUGAGUGGUUGGACAUAUCUUAGGGUUUAGAUCUGAAAGAAGCCUUAGAGACCAUCAAGUUCAACCUCCCUCAUUUUAUAGAGGGAGAAACUGAGGCCUGGAAAUGGGAAAUACCGUGCCCAAGGGCAUACAGCUAAUAAAUUGUAGAGGAGGGAUAACUCGGUUCCUCCUUCUCUAAAUCCAAUUUUCUUUUCCCCCACGUGAAAAUAUUCUGCCCUAUAUAAGCUCAGUGGUUUUGUGCAAGCCCAGAGAGUGACCGUGACCAUCAUUCCCAAUGACAUAAUUGAUAUAUCCCCACCGGUCCCAAUUCUAUAUGACAUCUCUGAGAGAACAAGCUCAUUGUUAAUGUGAAAGCAGAUUCAGCCAUUUCCCAUGGAGACAUCCUGGUUCAAGAUGUUUCUUAUUUACUUUGUUCCCAUUGUCAUUUUGGCUUGAUUUGUUUCAACCUCUCCACCAAUGGCAAACAGAAAAGGGAAUAUCCCAGCGUGGGCAGCAGAUCCUCCCUGCUUCCCUUAUCAAACACUUGCUCUGCUGUUUCUUUCACCAGCCCCUCCAGCCACUAAGACUAACUCAAGACAGACAGUCGUGCAGCUGGUGAGGUAGCAGCAGCUCUGGUUUCUUUCCACUUAGUUCAGAGCUGUCUCUGCUGCUGCUGCUGCUGCUGUUGCUGUGGUUGCUGCUGCUGCUGCUGAUACUCCCUUUCAUCAGAAGAUUCUCCUUUUAGAUCAGAGCAGGGAAGGACAUGCAAGCCAGGCCAGAGAGGGAUUCAGUGAAGGGAAUUUCAAAUAUUCUAUGUUGAUCCCAGAGAGAGAACCACCCUUCCAUUUUCCAUGCACACCAAGAAUUCUUUGCGUGCUUUGGUGAUUCAGGAUAAUAUCCAGUUGGAUUUAUUUUUUAACCAGGCCUUUCCCAUUUAUUAUUUUAAGCCCUUAGUUCCAAUUAGAAAAACUUCCCCUUCCCCCCUCUUUUUUUAAAAUUUUUUAUUAUGAGUUAACUGACAUUGUAAGUGUAACUGGAUUUUGUCAUUUCAUGUAUCUGUCACUGUUUGGAUGGAUUUAUAUAUAUAUAUUUUUUUCCAUUUACAAAAUUCAGAAAUGGAAAUGAUCCCUUGUGUAUGGGGGCAUGAGGGGUUUGGAUGUGUGUGUGUGUGUGUGUGUGUGUGUGUGUGUGUGGCAUGCAUAUGUAUGCAAGUUUUACUUUUAUGGAAUUUUUCCAUUGUGGAGGUGGAAGGGUGGGUGGGGGGACUUCAUUUCUCCGAUGAAAGGAUACCAAUGAUCUGUUUUCUUAACAAAAUUCUUAAGGGGGGGGACUCUACCCUCUUUGUUUCUUCGGCCCAUUGGGUUUAAGCAGAUUAAAAAGCUGUGAUUUUCAGAAGUUUCCCAGAGUGUUUUCUUAAACUGUGAUUUACAGUUUUAUUGUUGGGAUUCUGGGUGGGGCAAAAUUCCCAACAUUUGUAACAAAGAGUACUUAUAGCUCUAAAGAAGAUUAUGAUUUUUUAUUGAAUAAAAUCUCUACCUUCUCUGAA